AUGGCUCCCUUGCCUGCAGACAGAGUACAGAUUGUACCACCAUUCACCAAUAUUGGUCUUGAUUUUACUGGCCCUCUUUACCUCAAGACAAAAGAAGGAAACUCCACUCCUGUGAAAGCGUACAUAUGUAUCUUUGUAUGCGAAGAUACACGAGCUGUUCAUCUCGAGCUCACAAACAACAUGAAAACAGAAGAGUUUCUACAAGCUUAUCGCCGCAUGGUUGGUCGACGUGGGGUACCAAGAGUUAUACGUUCUGAUAACCAGACCACGUUUCACAAGGCAAACAAGAAAGGAGCUCUGUCACUUCCAUCUUCCCCAAVUCUUCACUAUCAGGUCUUGUACGACCUGGAGAAGAACUCCGACUUUUGCGUGGAUAUGAAACGCUCACAACAACAAAGUUUUCUUGUUAUAAAGUGGCUAAAGGAUUUGGCAACACAGACUUUACGAAAAAAAAAACACAAUGUUAAAUGGGGCAAGGAUCUCAUUCCUUUCAUGAUAGUAAAUACCAAAGUGUACGACUGCCAGCAUGGUGUGGACCAUCACUCCUCCAAAAAACAAAAACUGAAGCUACAAAAAAUGAAGAUCCCUAAAGAUACUGAGUCCUACCGAAAAAGAGGAUCAGUCAACAUUCGAGAAGCGGUAGCUACCAAGAAAAUCAAAGAAGUCGACCGUUGGGUACAAAUAGAUUUUCCUUCUACUACGGAACAUAAAAUUCAUCCAAUUGGAAAUACAGGAGGCAUUCAUCAGCGCAUUGAUCAACGCUUGAUUAAGAAAAUACAAGAUCUUGUUUCCGAAGACGCAACGUACAAAACCACUAAGUAUAGUUUGCCAUUGUUUUUUGUUGCUGUCAAGACAAACGUUGACUAUCAAGUAGUUGCGUCAUUUGUCACGCAGACAGAAACGACCGAGGCGAUUCGUGAGGCCCUGGAAAUGAUCCACUCCUGGAAUAAGGAGUGGAUGCCUAGAUACUUUAUGGUGGAUUACUCCGAAGAGGAAAUGUCAGCAAUAUCCGCCGUGUUUCCAAAUGCUGUGACCUACAUCUGUGACUUUCACAGAGAACAGGCGUGGGAGCGCUGGCUAUCAAGGGGCUCCAAUGGUCUUUUGGACUGUAAAGGCAUAGUAUUGGCUCGAUUACGUGCAAUUGCCAGGUCCCGAAAUGAACCCGAAUAUUUGAGUGCUGUCGAAAGACUGAAGUGCAGUCCACAAUGGGAAACAAGUAUUGCAUUAAGAAAUUGGAUGGAAAAAACAUGGUUGCCUAAGUACCAGAAAUGGGUGUGGGCAUUCCGUAAAAACCGCCUUCUGACUAUCGUCAACACCAACAAUGGAGUGGAACGCCAAAACAAAGCUUUCAAGUAUGAAUAUCUUGAUGGUUAUAAGCAUUCCACUCUCUCAGGGAUGUUAACUGUUCUGAUUGAUGACUUCCUUCCUGAUAAAUACUUCAAGUAUGUUGAAUUUAACACGAAACUUGGUGCUAAUUGUCGAAGAUACAGCGCUAGUAUCCCCACCUACUUGAGAGAGCGCCCUCACCACAUUAUUAACCACUGUCUGGAGAGGCUAUCUGGAUCAGAAGAUAUCCCUGAUACUAUGGUGAAGGUAGUAAGCAUUGAGGAAGGCGUAUUUAGAGUUGGCCAAUAUACAGUGUCUUUUGGUGACGACUUUCAACAGGCAAACCAACCAAGUUGUGAGUGUGUUGACUGGGAAAAGUACCGAUUGCCUUGCAAGCACUUUUUCGCAGUUUUCCGCCAUGUUCCAUCUUGGUCUUUCGAUAGGCUUCCAGAGUCUUACAAAUUCUCGCCAUUUUUGAGUCUUGACAAAGACCUGAUUCUGGAUUACCCCACAACUGACGCAACUCAAGAGAUCCCUGAUAGUUUUCAAAUAGCGGAGGAGGAAGAAAAAGUGAAGGAAAAUCGACUGCCUGGCCAUGGCUCAUUGCUGUCAAAUAACAUUCCAACACCAAAACCAAGACCUAGGACAGCAGCUUCAAAGUCUCGCGAGUUGUUAGGCCAAAUAAAGAAUUUGACAUAUAUCGCAGAGGGAUGGGAUAACGGAGAAAUCUUGGUCGAUCUCAACGAGAAACUAGAAGAAUGUCUCGCAUUAUUAACAGAAGCAUCGCCAAAAGAGCAUGGUUUAGUUCUUGAAGUACCAGACAAGAAAAAAAAAUGCACCAAGUCAGCAACAGAGAAAACUGACAUGCCAUACGAUGAAAAGUUUCGAAAGCAGCUUCCAUUAAACAAUAGGAAGAAUCCCUAUUCUGGCCGGUUCGGAGAAAAGGCAAAUAUAAUGAAGCGUUCUGUACUAGUGUCCAACCUUGAUGCUUGCCAUGAAGAUCAAGAUUUAGAAAGUGAUAAUGAUGACGUUGAGAUUCUUGAAGUAAAGGAACUUUCUCCUUCAAAGCAAAACAAAAGACCCAAAAUCAUUUUGACGGAAGAAGAACGGACUGCAAUUACAAAGGGAGCAAUGCUCACUGAUGAAUCAAUCAACAUUGCUCAAAAUCUAUUAUUUAACCAAUUCCCUUACCUAGCAGGCCUAGAAAACACGACAUUGGGACCUCUUGGCGGUUUUUCAAAGGCAAAUGGACAGCGCUUUAUUCAGAUUCUACAUACUGGCCGCACACACUGGGUCUGCUGCUCCAAUAUCAACUUUGAGGACAAUCCUAUGACUAAUGACGUGAAUUUCUUCGAUAGCCUUUUCCACGGAACGAUUACAGUAAAAACAAAAGAACAGAUUUCGCAGAUCCUUAAGCCGACUGGUGAUCUAACAGCGAAAGUCAUGCCCGUGCAGCAGCAAACCAAUGGAACCAACUGUGGACUGUUUGCAAUCGCCUUUGCCACCAGCAUCCUCCCUGGACGCUUGGUUAAAAGAUGCAAAACCAAAUCUAUUGUUGUAGACCUCCACUGCACCUGUCGGAUGCCUUGGAACCGGUACGCAAAGAAAACACAGAAACGGAUGGCAGAAUGUGAGGGAUGUCUACAAUGGUUUCACCAAGAUUGCGAAGAUAUUCCUGAGGAGGUGUUCCAGAACGAAUUAGAAUGGGUUUGUUCUAAAUGUUCUGCUGUUUGA